AUGCCGCCACCGAGCUUUUCGAGCUCGAGUACGCUGAGUACCGUCAGCGUGCCGCGCACCACGCUUAAUGCGAUAAAAGACGUGGUGCAGCAUGUGCAAGCGGCGGCGGCAAAACACGAUGGCGUCUCGCUGACUACCGCGCUCCAAAGCAUCGAUUCUCUGCUCCAGGACCCGGCGCUAGAAUUGCGCCCGCAAGAGACGGACUUGCUGUCCAGCCUCGAUCGCACUGAGCCUGCAUCGCAGGUUGUAUUGGCGGUUGCAGAUCGGCUAAAUACUGAGCUGCUUGACGUCGUUGGUGCGGUUAACGAUACGUCGCGUGUCGUCCUGCUCACCUUUGUUGCCAUGCUCGAGCCCCUAGCCAUGCUGCUCGGGCCAAAAUUGCUGGUGCGCGACUGGUGGGAGCCUGUUUUAUACCCCACACUGAAACUCGAGGAUUUCUCAGAUGCAGAUGCGAGCCGCAUACGCACACUCACGGUCUACAUGAUGAUGGCCGCGCCCGACAGUGCAUAUUCCAACGAGACCCACCAAGCCCUCGACGACGAACAGGAGCCUGUGUCUGACGCAUAUUUCAGCUUUACGCAGUACAUAUUUGAGCUGUAUGUACAGGCCACAGAAGCGCUCGCGGAUUUUGCGCCGCUCCCCGAAGAUUACGCGGCGCUGCGCUCGGAAGAUGCGGAGAACGAUCCGAUAGCAGAAGAAGAUCUCUCUGCCCUUGUCGCGAGCCAUGCGUGCGACACACCCGAAGGGAAAGCAUCGCGACGCGCACUCGAAAUCAUCCUGUCGGUUUACAGUCUACAGCGCCCGGGCCGCUUUUUUCACCAUCUCGCGCACGGAUUUGCCAAAGGCGACGCGCCUACGCCGCUGCUCUACCUCCUCGUGAGCUUUUUGCACCACCAUACGAUGCACUUGUACAGGAUGACGUCUACAAACCUUGUCCUGCAGAUCAUGCAAACACUUCUCGUUACUCAAUCUACACGGACCAUGUCGCUUGGCGUUGCAUGCAUCAUUAUGAUCCUUCCGCACAUUGUUUUAUGGAUGAUUGGCGGUGGUGGUGGCGGUGUCCGCAUGCUUUUCCGCGUCUACGGACGCACAGUUAGCUGGCAUCGUCCAGCGCACGCCGUGGCGCAUGGAUUGACGCCAAACGUGGACUUGCUCUUCACGCUCAUCUACGGCAUUUUCCCGUGCAAUUUACUCCGAUUUCUGCGUGGGCCAAAGCGGUACCUCGAAGAAAUGGAUUAUAGCGAUCAGUUCGAUCCCGCAUGGAAAGAAACGCUGGACGAAGAGAUGGUACGCACACGCAGCCAGGCAAUGCUGCGCACUCACGCGACAAAUCCAACGCUCGUCGAUGGAGAUGCAGCAUCGGAGCUAACCAACACGAAACGGUUCGCACACGUCGACGCUUCCGACAUUACCGCUGAGUGCAUGAGCCUGCGCAUCGAAUUGAACGAGCGGCCAAAGCCAGACGCCGAUGCGCUGCUGCGCGAACACGCAAAUAACAGACAGGCACUUCCGCGUGAUGCGCUAAAAGACGCGGAACACAAAUUUGAGUUAUACCUCAAGGACCAGCUGCUGUUGCACAUAGGCCGUUUGCACCGCGAUCGAAUUGCCAACGCGGUGAGCGAGGCCGAGCAACAAAACCUGUAUCAUACACUGCGCACGUUGCGCUCGCAGCUGUAUGCAGCAGAAGAACGCGUGGACAAGCAGCGUGCAGAGAUGCAAACGACGAGCAUGCGGCAUGUCCAGUGGGAGCGCGAGCUGAACAGCAAACUUAAUAACUACCGCGAGGAGCGCCGUGCGUGGAUUGCCGACAUUGUCAGGCUGAAACAGGAGCUGGAGGUCAGCAAAACCACGAUCCAGAUUCAGCACCAGCGCAUCACAGAUAUGGGAACGCACACCUUCGAGCUGGAAAAAGACUUGCAACGCGCGGAGCCCAAGUUGGCACAGCUGGAAGCGUACGGCGAAAAUGUGCGAAAAAUGAGCAACUGUUUGUCGGAUCUGGAAGAAGAUUUAACCAAGUACGACAUCCAGGGCCGGGAAAUGGACAAGCUUCUUUCUUGGUGGCAGGAAAUGGAGCUGGUUGUUUCGAAUAGCGAGGCAAAUGCAGGGCGGUACCGACGGCUCCUUGAAGAGCGCACCACCGAGAAUACACUCCUCAAGAGCCAGCUCGAGGCGAUGCGUGCAGAUGCCAAGGCCCAUGUGGCGCGCAGGGAAGCGAAUCGAGACUGGCUGCUUGGCGGGUGCGAUAAGGAGACGGCAGAAACUCAUGACCAGUACAAAGCACAGAAUGCUACUCUGGAGCUAUUGGUCAUGGAAUUGCGCGCGCGAAUCGAGGAAUUGGAGACGGAUUUGCAGUACAUGCGCAAGGAAAGCCGCGAAUUGGAGUUACUGGAAACAGACAGCCCAAACACAGGCCUGUUUUCACCGGAAACGCUGGGCAUUACUGGUUCGCCUCCGCCGCCAUUAUCACUUGGUUCCCCCUUACAGAAAGAGGCACGCAGCGGGGAGAUGUAA